CAUUGUACGGAGACAGCCCUAGCCACAGAGAAACCGAGAGCUCGGGGGAAGCAGGACUCACUACGCCAUCUUCACACUCAUACAGAGAAAGGGGAGAAAAAAGCGUGCAGGUCUUGAUUUAUUGAGAAAAGAGGUGGCAGUCUGUGUGCCCGGUCUCCACAGAGCCGUACAAGGGUGCAGAGCACUUGGAGUUGAGGAGACUGAAAAGUACCUGGCAUUGCAUGCUGAUGCUCAAGGCUGCACCAACAGAAGUGCCCAUCACUUGGCGAUACCCAAGUGCCCGAGAAGAAAAAUUGGAUUCAUCAUUUUGUAAAAUUGUACUAUCAAUUAUUGUAAUUGUGUAUGUUUGGGAUUUGUUCUUUUAUUUUUGCGUUUGUUUCUAAAAGAAGAAACGAAAUAAGUUCAGAGUUCAGAGUUCAUUGACUGGACGCACAGUGAUACCCAGUGUACCCCGAGCUGUCAGCGCGCGCACUGACCAUUGCGUUCUCAUUCUUCUUCAUCUCUCACAAGGUGGAGGGACACUCGCCAGGGUUUGAUCCCAACUGUCACUCACUACAGCCGUCAAACAUCCAAGGAUAUUUCCCCCACUUCUGAUAUCUUUUUUUCUACUCGGACAGAUCUCACUUCUCUCACACACCUUUUUACCAAAUGGUGUGAGUAGCCUACAGAGAGAAGCGGUGAAAGAGAACUGAAGGUAUAGCACAGGCUAUCCACGGUCUCGUCACAAACACAGGGGCAGAGUGGACCGACGAGGCGAAGCGCAAAAGAUACUUUCGCAUCUCCGAGUGAGGGGACCACUAGCCAAUAGCACCACGCACGAUCAACCACCCACCACGGCCGGCGGUCCGAGAGCAGGAGCCUCGGUCUUUUGGAGGUCCCGGGAAAAGUUGAGUGCAGAGCAAGUGGAGGCCAUAGGAGGGAAGCGAGCCCAUCCUUCAGAGUGCUGGUCUCCGGGCAAUGCAAGUGUAAAUGCCAGGGCAAUGUCCCGUCGCAAGCAGGGGAACCCACAGCACGUGUCACAGAGAGAAUUAAUAGCACCGGCGGAGGCUGACCAUGUGGAUGGCGGACUGUCCGUGGCUGAUUCCCUCACCCUCCCUCACUCCCUGUUGUCCCACCCGGCCCUGCUGGACCCCAGCCUAUCCAACAGCCUGGCUAUGGGUCUGGUUGACCACGACCUGCUCACCUGUGGCCAGUGUCAGAUGAACUUCCCCCUGGGAGACAUCCUUCUCUUCAUCGAGCACAAGAAGAAGCAGUGCCAGGCCCUGCUGCAAGGCCACGGCUGCUACGACAAGAUGGCCGCGGACCGCAGCAGUCCCUCCCCGCCCCACCAGCAGCAGCAGAACCAGGGUCGCCACGGCCACUGCCAGCUGAGGAAAGUGGUGGAACCGGUGGAAAUCGGAAUCCAGGUGACACCGGAGGACGAGAGGCUGAUGGUGACGCCCACCAAAGGAAUUUGCCCCAAGCAGGAGAGUGUCCUGGCCGGAGGCAGGGACGAGCCUUCGAGCUACAUCUGCACCACAUGUAAGCAGCCCUUUCCCAGCGCCUGGUUCCUCCUGCAGCACGCCCAGAACAGCCAUGGCAUCCGCAUCUACCUGGAGUCCAACCCCUCCAGUGCGUCGCUCACCCCCCGCAUCACCAUCCCUGGGCCCCCCAUGGGCCAGGACUCCAUCCCACAGUCCCCCCUCACCAACUUCCUGGGAGAGAACAACCCCUUCCACCUGUUGAGGAUGACUGGGCCCCUGCUCCGGGAGCCCCCACCAGGCUUCUUGGAGAACCGCGGAGGCCUCCCCAACACGCCGCCCUUCGUUAGCCCCCUGCCCCGCCACCACCUGGACCCCCACCGGCUGGAACGCCUUAGUGCAGAGGAAAUGGGGCUCAUCUCCCAGCACCCCAGUGCCUUCGAGAGGGUGAUGCGGCUGACGCCCAUGGCCAUCGAGGCCCAGUCCAUGGACUUCUCCAGGCGGCUCCGGGAACUGGCGGGGAGCAACAACGUGGCCACCCCUCCUCUGUCGCCCAGCCGGGCCAACCCUAUGCACCGCCUGCUCAACCCCAACCCCUUCCAGCCAAGCCCCAAGUCACCCUUUCUCAGCACCCCGCCCCUACCACCCAUGCCCCCCAACAGCACCACCCCACCCCAGACGCAGGCCAAGAGCAAGUCAUGUGAGUUCUGCGGGAAGAGCUUCAAGUUCCAGAGCAACCUGGUGGUCCACCGGCGGAGCCACACCGGGGAGAAACCCUAUAAGUGUCAGCUGUGCGACCAUGCCUGCUCCCAGGCCAGCAAGCUGAAGAGACACAUGAAGACACACAUGCACAAGUCUGGCUCAAUGACAGGGAGGUCUGACGACGGGCUCUCCACCACCAGUUCCCCGGAGCCGGGCACCAGCGACGUGACCGGAGAGGGCAUGAAGAACCGAGAGGGAGACUUCAGGGGUGAGGGCGAAGAGGAGGAAGAGGAGGAGGAGGAAGAGGAGAUGGAGAACGAGAGCAGGCCGGAGUCAAACUUCAGCAUGGACAACAUGGAGUUCUACCGUAACCGUGAAAACGGCUCCAAGCCGUCGCCAGACGAGAAGAACUCUCUCUCCCUGGGCAAGAUGGUGGAGAACGUGGGCCUGAGCACUAUACAGCAGUACAAUAAUUUGAUAGUCGACAAUCGUAAAAAUCGGAUGCCCGUCUCUAAGAGGGGGUCCGACGAGCAGCGGGACACUGGGGACGAGGACUCUGUGGUGGGAGAGAUGGAGAGGGAGCACCAUCACCACCAGAUGGAAAGGGAUCACCAGAGGCCCACUGUUAACGGCAGGAACUGUGGCUCCGGCAACUCUUUCUCAAGCCUUUUCCCCCGCAAGCCCACACCAAUCACCAGCCCCAGCCUGUCCAACUCCUCUAACAAGAGGAUCAAGAUCGAGAAGGACCUGGACAUGCCCCCGGCACCACUCAUCCCCUCUGAGAACGUCUACUCUCAGUGGCUGGUGGGAUAUGCCGCCUCACGACACUUCAUCAAAGACCCUUUCCUAGGCUUCACCGACUCCAGACAAUCUCCCUUCGGCACCUCCUCCGAGCACUCGUCUGAGAACGGCAGCCUGCGCUUCUCCACGCCUCCCGGGGACCUCCUGGACGGUGGCCUGUCAGGGCGCAGCGGCACAGCCAGCGGGGGUAGCACCCCUCACCUGGGGGGCCUGGGAUCCGGCCGGCCCGGCUCCAAGGAGAGCCGACGGAGCGACACCUGCGAGUACUGCGGCAAGGUGUUCAAGAACUGCAGCAACUUGACGGUGCACCGGCGCAGCCACACAGGAGAGAGGCCCUACAAGUGCGAGCUGUGCAACUAUGCCUGCGCCCAGAGCUCCAAGCUCACACGCCACAUGAAGACCCACGGGCAGAUGGUUGUAGGAUGGCUAAACCGUCGGGCUAAACUGCGGAGCUUUAUAGCGAGAGAGAGCAGGGAGAUCUUAGGGGCUCCCUGUGAUGUGUAGUUGAACGCAUUCUGAAAGAAGUAGCAACUCUGACACACACAGAAUGCACAGCUGUGUGAGCUUUUUAGGAAAGAUUUUUCGGUCUUCAGCAAGCACCAACCUUUACCCAAAUCACCACUCCUUGUUAUUUUGAAUAAUGUACCCCUGUCCAACCCUCUCAAGUUGACCUUUGACAUCCAAGCAAAAAUGUUUUAUUGAGGUAAAAAUCUGUCAUUGAGAAGAAAAAAAAGAGAGAAAAACAUUAACAUCUCUUUGCAGUUGACCCGCAUUAUGAUUUGUCAAUCAUUUUUUUACACACAAAAAAUAUAAAUAAAAAAUACAAUGGAAAAUAUGGCUUCUGAGCAAAAAAUUACUUUGACUGGAUUUACUCGGCCUGGGUGAAGGGUUCUAGAGUUUGGGAUCAGCUGAUAUUGAAGUGCCAGCGUUGCUAUAAGCUUGGCUUUCCCAAUACUGUUACUAUAAAAAUGAAAAUUAAUUUAUUGGGACACUUUUUGUACUGCCAUUCAAUUUGACAUGAGUGUGCCUUGAAUACUGAUCUUCCUAUUCACCGUCUCUCAAGACAAAUGCAACACUUUUGUGAUGCAAAGGAUUUGAACAAAAUGAAAACAAUGUAUCAAAUUUAUGUCAACUUAGUUUCUAAUUUGCUUAUGAAAUUUCAAUAGAAUAUCAGAGAUAUUACUUCUAAAAAUAAAACAUAGCUGCAUUUAGGUUAGGAGUACCCAGCACAACAUUGAUGUGUCUGUGUGUGUAUAUAUGUAUACAUAUGUACAUAGAAAUGCAUAAACCUAUAUAGAUAUAUAUCAAAUUCUUCAAAUCAGGACUGCAUCCCUAGAAACAUGGCCAGAGUGGAUUGUUAUGUCAGGACUGCAUCCCUAGAAACAUGGCCAGAGUGGAUUGUUAUGUCAGGACUGCAUCCCUAGAAACAUGGCCAGAGCGGAUUGUUAUGUCAGGACUGCAUCCCUAGAAACAUGGCCAGAGCGGAUUGUUAUGUCACACAAUAGUCAAGGAAGAGACUGGACUAAAAUCAGGAACUGCAGAAACAAAAACAUAAUUUAGUGCACUCUGUCUUAAAAUACGUUUACAGUAUUGAAACAAGUACAAGGGUAAAAUAAUAUUUGUGUGUAUGUUUGCUUAUACAGUUUCUCUGAAUGCCAUGGUGGCGAUGUGUAUAUUGUUUUUUUGGUGAUGGGGUUUUAGUAUAUAUAUAUAUAUAUAUAUAUAUAUAUAUAUAUAUAUAUAUAUAUAUAUAUAUGACAUUUUUCUUGUUUACUGUAAAAGUAUACCAGUAUUUGUAAUAUUGGAGAAUGCCUGGGCAUUUUACAAAAAUAUAAAAAAAGAUGUUUUUUUAUUUUUAUUUUGGAGUCCAAUUUAAAUUGUGGGUCUUUUUAAAAAUGUUUUUGUCACUGUAACUGUAAAAGUCUUAAGUUUUAGUAACUUUUAUUCUGCCUUGGGUGUAAUAAAAUGAAAAUAAAUUCAUUAAAAAAAGUGAACUGUAACAAACUUGGAAGG